AUGCAGGAAGACAAGAAGAUGAAGGUGAAGAAAGGCUUUCUGGCGGUUCAAGUGGGUUUAGAAGACGAAGACCAAGGCGGUUCCUCUUCUCAGAGAUUUGUCAUUCCAAUCUCCUAUCUCUACCACCCUCUCUUCAAGCGUCUUCUCGACAAGGCUCGCGAGGUCUACGGCUACCACACCGAUGGCCCCCUCAAGCUCCCCUGCUCCGUCGACGACUUCCUCCAUCUCCGUUGGCGAAUCGAGAAAGAGUCCACUCCCCACCAACACCACCACAACCACGCCAACCCUCGCCUUCCCCACGCUUUGCACUUCCACUCUUGUUGA